AUGUCUGCACCUCCCUCCGCCGGCGUCACUGAGCGUAUGAUCAUCCCUGUCAAGGGUACCAAGGAGGACUGGAAGGAGCCUCUGAAGACCUACCUUCUCGCUUUGAAGAACCAUGACGGCUAUCUCCGCACUCGCUGGGGACCUUGGAGCGAGAAUGAGCAGAUGCUUGAUCUCAUUUCUGGCUGGAAGACAAGAGAAGCCCGUGACAGCUUUUUCGCCUCGGCCGAGUGCAAAGAAGUAAUGGAUAACUUCAAGACUGUCAUGACCGGCGAAAUCAAGUCAUACUUCAUCAAGUUUGUGCCUUACGCACCAAGAGGUGCCAUCGACUCUCCGAUCGCCGAGGUCAUCACCAUUAGCGGCUCGACCAUGUCCGAAGACGAGAUGCGGGCUCAGAUCGAGAAGGUUAGGGGCAUGUCUGGACUGAACGACCUCGCCAGCGGCAUGUCUGUUGACGAUGUGGAUGGAGGCAAGGUCUUUGUCGCUGCCUUGGGAUGGCAGAGCGUUGAGCAAAGCAGAGCUGCCGACAAGUCCGCUUACAUUCCUUCUGGAGGCAAGGCUGAGUGCCACCACGUCAACUUCCACUACCCCAUCAAGGGCUUCUCUGUCACCAACACCCACUAA